AUGUUCCUUCCUGUACCAGGACCAGGACCAGACUACUCAGAAGGCUUGUCUUCAGACCCAAAGCCUGGUCUUCCGUCUGCUCCCCUGGGCAAGGGGUCUUAUAAACCCACCAAGCCUGACAAGAAGGCCAAGAAGGAGAAGGUUGAAAAGGAAAAGGAGGAACGAGCCAGCGGACCAGAUGACGCCCCUGACCCGACCGCAUCGUCAUCAUCCACAAAGACGCCGAAGUCAAAGGCCAAGCCCAAGUGCAUCACGACGGAGCCUGAGGCCAAGGUCACGGUGGAGGAGGAGGACGACGAAGUUGGGGAGCAAUAUGUCAAAUGGAAGCCACUUGGAUUCGUUUCAUUCCAAUGUUGUCAGAAAGUUGAAGGUUCGAUCAUCUCGUUGCAGAAGUUGAAGGUUCGAUUAUGUCGUUGA